AUGGUGGGUGCUGCAUGUGUUCCAGGGGCCCACGUGGUGCUGGCCUGUCGGGACAUGGGGAAGGCGGAGAGGGCGGUGGCCGACAUCGUGAGAGAGGUGGAGGGGGCCAGUGUGGUGGCCAAGAAGCUGGAUCUGGCCGACACAAAGUCCAUCUGUGAAUUUGCAGAGAACAUUUACAACACUGAAAAAUGCCUGCAUUUCCUUGUCAACAAUGCGGGUGUGGCCGUCUGUGCAUACUCAAGAACCAGAGAUGAAUUUGAGACACAAUUUGGGGUCAAUUACUUAGGUCACUUCUUUCUCACCUUCCUCCUGCUGGACCUCCUGAAGUCCUCCGCUCCGUCCCGGGUCAUCAACCUGGCCUCCAUCGCCCACCUGAUCGGCAAGAUCAACUUUGAGGACGUCAACAGCGAGAAGACGUACCACGCCACCCGAGCCUACGCACAGAGCAAGCUGGCCACCAUCCUCUUCAGCCGCGAGCUGGCCAGGAGAGUGGACGGCUCGGGCAUAACCGUGUGUGCGGUGGACCCAGGAAAGGUCAGCACAGAGAUCAUCCGGCACCUGAGGUGGUCUCUGCAGUUCUUCCUCAGGACCUUCAGCUACUUCCUCAAAACGCCUGCAGAGGGCGCCUACACCACCCUCUACUGCGCGGUCACCCCAGACAUCCAGUCUGGAGGCUACUACAGGAACUGUGCCCUGACAACAGGGUCCGUGGCUGCCAAUGACGACCGCACGGCCUGCAAGCUGUGGGCUCUCAGCUGCCACCUGCUGGGCAUCCGCUGGCACUGACGAGACUCAUGAUGAAUUCCCACAUCACCAGCCCAGUCCGAGAUACAGUAGCCAUGUUGUGAUUGAUAACUGCA